AUUCAGAAGGUAAACUCCCAACACCAAUGGCAAGCCACUUGCAUUCCUUUUUCCCCUCUUCACCUUUCAUCAUUUUAGCUUUGGUUCUAGCUUUUGUUCCUGCAUUUGUUCAUGCGUUAACCCUAGAAUCUGACAUUGAAACUCUUCGAGCCCUGAUACAAUCUCUUGAUCCCAACUCAUUUCCCUCCACUUCCUACCUCAGGACUUGGGAUUUCAAUACCGAUCCCUGUGAAACUAGUGUGGGAUUUCUGGGAAUUUUAUGCAGCGUCACUGCAAACACCUCAGCAAGCCGAAUCAUAGCAAUUGAGCUUGAUGGUGUGGGCUAUGAAGGGUAUCUAACGCCAGCAAUUGGAAACCUGACUGAGCUCACUGCCCUUGAUCUUAGCAAUAAUAGAUUCCGGGGACCAUUACCCAACACUAUAGCCAACCUAGAGAAGCUCAGCAAGCUAAAUCUGUCUGGAAAUUACUUCACCGGCGGGAUCCCUAGUGAUAUAACCAAUAUCAAGACGCUGGAGUUGAUAGACCUGUCAACAAACCACCUCUCCGGUUCAAUACCUGCCGAUCUGUCUGUGAUACGGAGAUUGUUGUACCUAAGCUUGUCCAACAACCAGUUUUCGGGAAGAAUUCCUAACCUGAGUGGUCUAUGGCGGCUGCGUACAUUAAUGCUUGACCACAACGUGCUCUAUGGAAACAUUCCACAGCUUCCUAUAAGCCUGAGAACCCUGUCCCUGGCGAACAACCUUAUUUCAGGACAUAUUACUCCAGUGGAAAGAAUCACAGAACUAAGAAUCCUGGAUCUGAACAAUAACAGGCUUUCAGGAGAAAUUAAAGAGGAAAUCCUUACCUUGCCUCAACUGCGGGAACUUGAUGCUCAGGGGAACCUUCUGCAUGGCCAUUUGCCUGUCAGAUUGGUCACCUAUGAAAAUUUAAGGACAAUCAAUCUAGCCCAAAAUCGGUUCACUGGUAGUAUCCCCAGUGAAUAUGGAGCAAAACUGGGGCGACCCUGGAGAAGGUUGUUCUUGGACAACAACUUCCUGACAGGAAGUAUUCCUCAAGAGUUUUACAAGGUGAAGAUUAGGGGCAGUCUUGCAAUGAACUGCCUGAAGUGUCCAACUAGUAUCGAGUUGUGCCAUGGAGGGCAACAGCCAGCUUCAGAUUGCGCUGCAGCCAAUAACAGCCAGUGAUGGUUGGAGAUUAUUUACCGAUUUCACAUGAGCCUGUACCUAUUUAAGAAAAUGGAAAAUAGAGAAUUCCUGGAGUUCAAUAGGAUCAUACCUCCAUGUUAGAUUUUACAUUAUUUUCUUGCAACAAAGCACCAGGAGCGUUUGAAGAAAGUUUUUUGUUACCA